AUGUCUACUAUGGUUUCUGCUCUAGCUCAAGUUAUUGGGACUACCAAUCGGAACCCAAACAUGGCACAAUCGACCUCGUUUCCUGUCUCAACUUCCGUGGUCAACACAUCUCAACCUCUUCUAGAUCAAGAGGUCACAAAGAAACCACACUACAGAGGAGUAAGACAGAGACCUUGGGGAAAAUGGGCAGCAGAAAUACGUGAUCCAAUAAAAGCAGCAAGAGUGUGGCUUGGAACCUUUGAUACAGCUGAGGAUGCAGCCAUUGCAUAUGACAAAGCAGCACUCAAAUUCAAAGGCACAAAAGCUAAGCUCAAUUUCCCUGAACGAGUUCAACUCAACACUACUAGUACUCCUCAAUCUCAUGUUGGCUAUGAUCAGCUACUACAAGGUUCAGGGAACAUAAACUUUUUUCCUUCUCAUAACACUGCCACUAGUGCUAGUUCCACUCAACAAAGUGGAUAUGUUUCUUCUGUUGUUGAUGUUGCUCCUCCUAGCUCUUUGUCCACCACACAUGAAGAAGUACAUGAUCACCAAGUUUUCCCAAAUCUGUUUCAAUACGCACAGAUUCUUUCCAGUGAUGAUGCAGAAUUCCCUUAUUACACGUCACAUCUUUUCAAUCAACAACAACAACAACAACAACAACAACAACAACAACAACAACAACAACAACAACAACAACAACAACAACAACAACAACAACAACAACCUUUCAGUUCUCAAUUUUCUACCACUUUGUCUUCAUCUUCAUCACCCUCAUCCUAUUUCUACAACGAUGGUCGGCAACAACAACAACAUGAUGAAGAAGGAAAUCAUCAUUACCCAGACCAGUAG